AGUAUUUACAGCUCGACGAUUCGAUUUUUAAUCAUGAAGAUGAUUGUUAUUAUUUCGACAAUUAUUGUCAUAUUGAAAACCGUGGUGGGCAUCGAUACUUGAGACCAUCCCGGUGUUCCAAAUUCGUAUUAAAGCAGGGAUAUCACCUAUUUCACGACUAUAAGUGGACUUAUAGUUAUCAUGGAACGAACUCAAACAACAUUACAAGUAUUCUCCAAUAUGGCCUAAAAAUCCCUGGAUCCCUUGCAGGCGUGAAUAAUGUUCGUUCUGUGAACGGAUCUGCAUACGGCGCCGGCAUCUACACUUCAAAGAUUCCGCUGUAUGCACAGUUGUACGCACCGGUGAUCUGGUGGGAGGGAAAAUAUUUUCAAACAAUCCUGAUGGUUCGACAAAAAUCAAAUUCCGUUGAUGCUCAAAUGGUUGAAGGUACAUAUACAACGAAUCGGUUUGGAUUCGAAAAGCUUCACAAGCUAUACAAGGGAAAGAUUAAAUCCGAGGAAAUGCAAUACGUAUGCUUUGAUGAAAAUGCAUGCGUAUUGCAUGCCUUAUUGGUCAAAAUUCAUAAUAAUCAUCCAGAAUAUGAUGGUGGUGAAUAUUAUGUAGUUCGGAAUAUCUUGGAUGAACUCUAA